AGCUGCCGCGGCGCGGGGCAUGGGACACUGAGGGCCAUGGACGGCUACCGGGGCUUCCUGGCGCUGCUGGUGUCGGCGCUGCUGGUCGGCUUCCUGUCCGUGAUCUUCACCCUCGUCUGGGUCCUGCACUACCGCGAGGGGCUCAGCUGGGACGGGAAGGCGUCCGAGUUUAACUGGCAUCCGGUGCUGGUGGUCACUGGCUUCAUCUUCAUCCAGGGCAUCGCCAUCAUUGUGUACAGACUGCCGUGGACCUGGAAAUGCAGCAAGCUCCUGAUGAAAUCCAUCCACGCCGGCUUAAAUGCCGUUGCAGCCAUUCUUGCAAUUAUUUCUCUGGUGGCUGUUUUUGAUUUCCACAAUACCCUGAACAUCCCCAACAUGUACAGUCUGCACAGCUGGAUUGGGCUGAGCGUCGUCAUAUUCUACAUUUUACAGCUUCUCCUAGGUUUUCUCGUCUUUCUGCUUCCUUUGGCUCCGCUUUCUCUCCGAGGAUUUCUCAUGCCCAUACAUGUUUAUUCUGGACUUCUCAUCUUUGGAACAGUGAUUGCAACAGCCCUUAUGGGAGUGACUGAGAAACUGCUAUUUUCCCUGGAAAACCCUGCCUACAGUUCAUUCCCACCAGAAGGUGUUUUUACAAAUACCCUCGGCCUUCUGAUUCUGGUGUUUGGGGCCCUCAUUUUUUGGAUAGUCACCAGACCACAAUGGAAACGUCCUAAAGAACCAAAUUCUAUUCUUCUUCAGCCAAACGGAGGUGCUCCAGAAGGAGUGGAAGGCUCCAUGGCAGUAAACUUUGGCAACACGGACAAAUCAGAUUCAGAGCUAAACAGCGAAGCAGCAGCCAGGAAAAGAAACGUUGCGCUUGACGAGGCCAGUCAGAGGUCCACCAUGUAGACGCUGUAGAGGUGUAGCCAUGUAACUUCGCUUUUAAAACCCAGCUCUGCGGUUUCGCUUCUCCUAUUUAGCCAUGAGAUGAUUGAGCUCCAUAGAGUUUAUAUCUGUUUUAAUCAUCAAGUAGGAUUUCUUGAAAGAGCUUGUACUGCUCGAGGCCUAUGAACUUAUCUGAAUUGGAAAGGAGAUGAUCAAUGUAAAUGAUAGUGGCUAUAAACUGUGGUUCUGUUACCUCUUGUUGAGGACCAAAGCAUCCUGUGCCUUGCAGAACACGGAUGCUCAAAAUGUGUUUGUUGCUUGGGAAAUCUGAUAAACUGGCAGCCCUGGAAGUUUUUCUAAAACUCAACUUACUCCCAAGGCUUCCCUGGGGUUUGGUAUAUUUUAUGAUCCAGAUUCCAAACCUAAUUAGAAUGAAACUAUGCCUGAAUUCUUAAGCAGUAUAAACUGCUCCAAAAACCCCAAAGAGCACUUUUUCUCAAGUUUCUGUUUUUAUUUUUUAAAAGGAGUUGCAUGGCACUUACUGUGUGCCAAGCACUAUUCUAAGCACUUUAGAGAUACUAGCUCAUUCGAUCCCCAGACAAACCUUGUGAGGUAGGGACUAUUAUUAUCUACAUUUUCCAGAUGAGAGAUCUGAAGCUUGGAACAGUUAGCUAUUUGCCCCCAACGUCCUAAGUGGUGGAACGGAUUCAAAACCUGCCAGUCUGGCUCCUCAGUCCAUGAGUCUAACCACUUCACUAUGCAGUUUUUUCUGUUUUAUACUAAUUUGUACCUACUUUGACCCUCCCCUGAACAAAUUUCAAUUACUGGAGUAUAGUGGAAUGGUUGAUGUUUACCUUCUGGCUCUUGUUUUCCAAGGCAGAUUCUUCUGAUAACCAAAGAGAAGGGCCCCCCUGCCUGCAAAGAGAUCAGGGUACCCUUCCACUGCCAACAAGCCCUGGCCAACCUUGAUGCCUCUCUGUUCUUAAAAUUGUGUCCUGAUGACAAAGAAGGGUUUGGACAAGAGUUUCUGUAGCUUUCAAGAUGAUCAAUUAAGAUUUUUGUUUUUUACAAUCUUAGCUGCUGAACAGUUUUGGGUUUGAAGACAGGAGAUAUCUCAUGGUCUGCCCUUCCUGGGGGCAAUGGCUCAGGUCCUUCCAGAUUUGGGUGGAAUUUUAGGGGAUAUCUUGAGCUUUGUGUAAUCAGUAGUAAUUUGAGACUCAGAGGUGACAGCUUUUGUUCAUGGUAACCUCUCUGGACUGACACAGAUUAAAACCUAGAGCAGUGCCUAUGCUGAAAUGAUAGUUUUCAUAUUGGAGUUGAUUUUUGGUUUCCCUGCAGUGUUAAACUGGAGCAUUUGAAUGUGGAUAAGAAGCUUAUAGUUUAACACCAAAUACACUUGACUUUUUUCAGUGCCUAGUGGAUUUCCUUUUAGGACAACUGGUGAUUACUUCCAUAGAUUGAAUAUUGAAUACACUCCAUCACAUCCCUUAAGCUUCGUGGAUACCCAUUCAAAAUCCCUUCUCUGAAACACUGUUUCCUUACGUAAUUCUAUUUCCAAAAUUGGUAAUGGUGUCAGGAGGACUGCUAGAGCCUACCUCAGUGCCUGGCAUAUACAAAGAUUUGAUAAAUGGAUAUUUCAUUACAUGGAGGGGCACAGAAUUCCAGGAGUUUGGGGGGGGGGUGGUGGUCAGUGACAGCCUCAAAAAUUAAAACUGCCAUUUCAUUUUAUAUAGGCCAAGAAGGAGGUUAUUAGUGAAACAUUAAUUAUGGGUUUAGUGCUAGAAUAUUCUGCUCUGUUGAACGUAUCUGAGCACCCCUCAUCUCAGCCCUCUAUUUUAUCUUUCUUGUGGGCUAAUGUAAGGUUAAUCUUACAGGUAUUAUAGGAUCUUUCUUUCUUUCUUUCUUUCUUUCUUUCUUUCUUUCUUUCUUUCUUUCUUUCUUUCUUUCUUUCUUUCUUUCUUUCUUCUUCUUUCUUUCUCCGCCUUUAUGAAAACAAGGCGUAGCCAAAUAUACCUAGAAAAACUUUCUGUUCAAGACGUCUUUUAAUGAGCUUUCUAUUCUAAGGAUAAUUGUACCUUUAUCUUUCAAAAGCUAAUAUUUCCCACCUAAAGCUUCUGCCCCCAAAAUAUCUCUUUAAAAAGUCCGCAAAAAGAAUAGGGGAGAAGAAAGCCUUAGGUAUCCAUUCCAAAACAGUGCCUGAAAUCUCCACGAAGAAUUUGACCUUAUAUCAUGCGCAGAGGUCACCUGGCUGGGCUUACCCCAUAAUCUAAUUUCAGGGGGGGCGAACGUUUUAUUUGCACACUCACGUAAAUCAAGACUAAAGCGUUUUCCCUCAAAGGGUUUAUUGAGAAACCCAAAUGGAUAUACGUUUUGAUUUAAUGUGAUCAGAAGCGCACAGCCUCCCCUGCUCCGCGGGCCACACCGCGUCCACCCUCCAGCCGACUUGCUUUUCCCUCGUGUGGUUUCAGUCAAGCUGCGGCGCUGCAGAAACAGCGUGUCAGGCCUCACAACCAAAUGCCGAGGAAGGCAGUCGCACCUUCUAAGGGACACUGACGAGCGGUUUCUGUUUUCUAACGGACAAAAUCAAGAGGAUGUCUUGUGAGCUGGAAGUUCCAGCGUGAUACCGGUUGACCAGUCGAAACGCUCAAGGAAGCAGCGGAGCUUUCGGCUGGUUUCAUUGCACCACGAUCGCGUUUUACCUUGGCAUGACCUUUUUCAGAUUUACCACAGAAAACUGUAACUGCUACGUCUUAGAGCUACGCAGAGGAAAGCCCAGAAGAAAGAAAACUGUUAUUCUUUAUCUCUAUAAGGUCCCUGGAAAAGAUUUCUGCAUUUGUAUUUGUCUUUUUAGCUCAGCACCUUUGUGGGGAAAUAUUAAAUAGCCUGAAUAUGUUAAAAUUUUGUAGAAAAAAAUACGCAUCUAUUUUUUCUGGACUCCUUUUUAUAUAGCAAUAAAAGUUAUUUUGGAAUCUA